AUGGGUCUAUUAUCCGAAGGAAAUCCUUUAUCAUGGGCUGAAAUAAAACUUGCUCUUCAACAAAUACGAACUUAUGGUCUUGAUCAACUUGUACACAUCUUUAAUAAAUAUAAAGAUCGACAGAAAGAUCCAUUUCUGUGGGGCGAUGAGACUGAAUUAACAUUAGUUAGAUUUGAUCAUAAAAAUAAAACUGUUCGAUUAUUAUUAAAAAGUCAUCAAUUAUUACCAAUUUUAAAUGAAUUAAACAAAAAAACUGAUGAUAAAGAAUAUCGUAUAACUUGGCAUCCUGAAGGAUGCGAUUUCGUUAUGGAAGGUAUCCCAUUUCAACCCUAUGGUUCUUCAUCAUCUUAUUUUAAUACAGUCGAAGCAAAUAUGAGGCAAAGAAGAGAACAAGCGCAACGAAUUUUAUGUGAACAAACCGAUUGUGACUAUAUUUUAAGCAUUGCUGUUUUUCCACGAUAUGGACAAGGACAAUACACAUAUCCACCAAUUGAAUAUGGUCUUCCUUAUUCCGUUGAAAAAUCUUUAUGUUAUCCUGAUUCACUUUUAUCACCUCAUCAUCCAAGAUCAAAAUCUUUAUCAACAAAUAUAAGUGAACGACGUCAAUCUAAAGUAUCGGUUAACAUCCCAAUAUUCAAAGAUUCACGUACACCAUCUCCAUUUCGUGAUGAAUUAUUUAAAGAUGAUCCUGAUAUAAAAGAUGAUCACAUACAUUUGGAUAGUUCACUAGCUGGUUUAGGUUGUAGUUGUCUUCAAGUUACAUUUCAAGGUGAAUCAAUUAAAGAAGCUAUUCAUCUAUAUGAUCAAUUAUUACCAUUAUGUCCUAUAAUGUUAUGUUUAAGUGCUGCAUGUCCAAUAUGGCGUGGUUAUUUAUCUGAUAUAGAUUGUCGAUGGAAUAUAUUAUGUGAAGCUAUUGAUGCUCGAACAGCUGAAGAAAAAAAACAAACAGGUUUUCCAUCACGUUAUGCUUUAGCUCCAUUGUAUUUAGCUGAUAAAAAUAAACAUUUAAAUGAUAUUGAUUAUUCAAUUGAUGAAUAUAUUAUUACAAACCUUAUUGAUCAAGGCAUGCCUGAAACAUUAUCUCGUCAUUAUGGUCAUUUAUUUAUUCAUGAUCCACUUGUUGUUUUAGAAGAAUCUCUUCAUACAGUUGAUGAUACGACUUCGUAUCAUUUUGAAAAUAUAAAUAGUCAUGUAUGGAAUAGUUUACGAUUAAAACCACCACCAUUAAAUGAUACAUUAACUGGAUGGCGAGUAGAAUUUCGACCAAUGGAUAUUCAAAUAAGUGAUUUUGAAAAUGCAGCACUCGUUGUUUUCGUAGCAUUGUUAACAAGAGUUAUAAUAGCUUAUGAUCUUGAUUUAACAAUACCAAUAUCUCAGGUUGAUGAAAAUAUGGAUAUAGCACACUAUCGAGAUUCAGUGCGCCGAGAAAAAUUUUACUUUCGAUAUGGUACUUACACUUCUCAAAUAUUUAUGAAUGAAAUUAUAAAUGGUAACAAAGAUUUUCCUGGUCUUGUUCCACUUGUUAGAAAAUAUGUUCAUGAACGAGAAGACAUGGAUGAGAAUACACGACAUACUAUUGAACAAUAUCUUUUACUCAUAUCAAAACGAGCUGAUGGAACUUUAUUGACAAAUGCAUCAUGGAUACGAGAAUUUGUACUUUCACAUUCAUCAUAUAAACAAGAUUCAGUUAUAUCAGAAGAAAUUCAAUAUGAUCUUAUUUGGAAAAUGGUACAAAUAACAAAUAAACAUAAAAAAUUGUCCACAAAUUAA